AUGUUGCAAGAAGACAAGCGGCUGAUGAAUGAGUUUUGUUUCCAGGUAGUAUUGUUGGUUAUGAGCGCUGAGGUUUGGGAUUCAAAUUCUGAAGACUUCAUCAUAGCUAUCAUUGCAGAGCUGAACAGGCCCUACCACUUGCGUGUCCUGUGGCUUUUGCAGCGAGCGAGCUCGAUGAUCAUUGCAGUACUCGGGCGGGUCCGCUGCCCUGCCAACAGCGAGGGCGAUCGCAAGCAUCGUGACUAUCACCUCCCUACCGAGCGCCGAGCAGCAGCUUCUACAGCUCUUCGUCGACCAUCGCCUCAAGCGUCAUCUCAAGCGCACCCACAGGCAUCCGGCCUCGACCGCGCCCUCGGAGUCCCCAUGCACCUGCGCACCAAACUCUCCGCCGGUGGGUGCCAGCGCGCUGCGCUUCGCGACACCAGCGUGAACACCGCAGGCUUCGGCUUUGGACGCAAAUCGGACGGCUCGCGCACGGCGUCCGCGGCGUAG